AUGCGUCCCACGGCGACAUUGAUGCACCUGGCUCUGUGCCUUUCCUCCGCUGCGCCUCUGGUGUCAGCCUGGCCCGGCUGGCUUCCCGAGCUCGACGCGCUGGUUGUUCGUGCUGACAAGGAGGGAAACACUGCAGAGCCCACGCUGCCGGGCAACACUGCUAAACCGACCCAGAGCGGCGAUGCGGCGGACGCGACCCAAACCGGCGACAGCUCCGACGACAAGUCGAGCACGAAGAAGGGGGCUAGCAAGACGACGGACAAGGACGACAAGAAGACGACGAGCACUAAGAAGGGAUCAAAGUCGACGGAUCACAAGCAAUACCCCCCCGAGUCCCCCCCGGGAAGCGUCGUGAUGCAGACGCCCAACGUUUUCGCCGCGAGCGCCGCCCUGUACAAGAUUGGCGACUACAUCACCUGGGGAUGGAACUACACUAACAUUUUGGGGACGCCCACCGCCAUUGACGUCCUCAUCAGCUGCUCGACGGCCUCGGAGACCUGGACACUGACCUCCAACAUGACUUUCAAGCCGUCUGCCGCAUACACCUGGGACAGCAGCGUCCAGGAGAGCUCGGUGGAAUCGCCCCUCCCCGUUGCCAUGUACACGCUCAUCAUCAAGGACUCGGACGCGGCCAUUAGCGACGUCCCGGACGCUGGCUACCUCGGCACCUUUAGCAGCUUCACCUUUGGCCUCUACACUCCUCAGCCCUACGUUCCCUUUCCCGAGUGGAGGUGCGACGCCUGCAAUGCUGCCUUGUCCAAGUUUGACCACCAGGUUCUGGGCUUUGCCAUCACCAUGGGCCUGGUGACGGUGCUCAGCUUCACCUGGUUUGUCUCUGGCCUGGACCUCCAAUAA